AUGCGUAUUGAUCGGAGAAUAAGAGGCGGAAUACCUCGAGCAUGCCAAGUGACACAGUGCAUCAACAUACGAGAAAGGACGAAGAAUCCGGUAGUGGCCAAGUAUUCCGUUGGCAAUUUGGUGGCAUUGGGGAUCAAUGACUUAACCCCCGAAGAAACAGUGGAGUUAAAGUACGAGGACCUAGUUCCCCUCGUAAUUAAGGGGAUUCGGGAAGGCAUACGCAACUGCUGGGAUAUACUUUCCGACGACAAGUUGGUGAACCGAGACUUAGCUUCAAUACAGAGGUAUAAUCAGGAUGAUGUUAGGGGAUUUUGGUUCACUGAUUUUACCAAGUUUGGAUUCUAUGACAUUGAUUUCGGAUGGGGGAAACCUGUUUGGGCCAGCCUCGUUAAUGCCUCUGAAGCAAAUCUUAUCAUAUUUAUGAAUAACAAAAACAACGACGGUUUAGAGGUGUAUCUGCUUUUGGAAAAAGAUGAACUGCCUUACCUGGAGAAUGAUGAGCAACUUAAACUAUUAAAUUCUGAAACAAUACGAAACGAGCCUGUGUGA